GACUGCGGGCACCGAGUCGUCUGGCAAGACUGCGGGCACCGAGUCGUCUGGCAAGACUGCGGGCACCGAGUCAACUGGGAAGACUGCGGGCACCGAGUCAGCUGGCAACAGCGGGCAUCGAGUCAACUGGCGGAACUGCGGGCACCGAGUCGUCUGGCAAGACUGCGGGCACCGAGUCGUCUGGCAAGACUGCGGGCACCAAGUCGUCUGGCAUUGGAUCGUCUGGCUCGACAGCAGGCAUCGGGUCACCAGGCAUCAGGUCAUUUGGCUCGCCAGCGGGCACCGCGUCAUCUGGCAAGGCAGUGGGCACCGAGUCACCAGGUACGACAGCGGGCUCUGAGUCAAUUGGCACGACAGCGGGCACCGGAUCAGGUACCGGAUCAUCUGGAUCAACAGCAGGCAUCGAGUCAACUG